UGCCUUUUCUUCUGUUUCUCUUGAAAUUAGCCUGACUGGCAGAAUAAAGGCUGAGCCGAAACGCGUGGCAUUUACGUGUAAUAUAAUUGUUGCUUAAGAGCAAAGGUCAAGUCUGAAAAAAAGAAAAAUAUCUGGAUUGUUCGAAAUGGGAGAUCCUUCUCUUCGAGACUGUCCCCUUGAUUGCAAGGUUUAUGUUGGAAAUUUAGGAAAUAAUGGGAACAAGACCGAGUUAGAAAGGGCAUUUGGAUACUAUGGCCCCCUACGAAGUGUAUGGGUCGCCAGAAACCCCCCAGGAUUUGCCUUUGUAGAGUUUGAAGACCCCAGGGAUGCAUCCGAUGCUGUGAGAGAACUUGAUGGAAGAACUAUGUGUGGGUGUAGAGUGCGCGUUGAAUUAUCCAAUGGAGAAAAGCGGUCAAGGAGCCGUGGCCCUCCUCCAUCCUGGAACCGACGCCCACGAGAUGACUACAGGCGCCGUAGUCCCCCUGUCAGGCGCAGAUCACCAAGGAGGAGAAGCUUCAGCCGUAGUCGCAGCAGGUCUCUUUCAAGAGACAGGCGCAGAGAAAGGUCUUUCUCCAGGGAAAGGAACCAUAAGCCGUCAAGAUCCUUCUCAAGGUCAAGAAGCCGGUCCCGGUCAAACGACAGAAAGUGAAGACAUCCAGGGACUGCUCAGAUGCAGAAUCCAGGGGUUAUGAAAACUCAAUUUUUAUACAGUCUUGUUUUUCUUUUUUAGAUUUUUUUUUUCUUUCAGCUCUUAAGGCAUCCUUAUGGUGUCAACUUUGGACAAGAUAUCUAAUAGCAAGUUGUUUUAUCAAGGACUACUGUAUGAGUAUCCAUUCGUGUCAGCAGCACAAUGAUUGGCUCUGAAAUUUUUUCCUUUUCGUUUGGCUUCACAGUUGGAAUUUGUGAAUUACAAUGCUGUCUUGCCUUGCAUGUUUAAAGAUUGAAUCGUGACUCGACUUUCCAUUUGUUUUUGUUAAACUGAUUGAAUUAAAGUUCAUAUGUUUUUAAUUGGUUUGUGGUUCAUUUAGCCUCCUGUUGCGUCUGUGCGCUCUGGUUUGCCGCAUGAAAUGCAUUGGCAUACUAAAGGAAGAGGCAUACCUUUAUGUUACUGGGGCAAGAUACAUUAAUGCACAGCAUCUGACCUAGCUAGUCCAGUUUCCUUCAGGUGGUGUCAGAAUAAUUACAUUGGUUAUCUUUUGAGGUAGGCCUCAUAUACCUCUUUAUUAAUCCAUUAUCUGUUCUGGCUGACUGGUGUUGUUUUGUUUUGUUUUUCUGUAAGAAAGCAUUCAUUGUAAUUGUUUGGGUUUACUAAAAUUUUGUUGCAGUAGUUAUGCCGAAGCUUGUCCAAUAAAUUUUCAAGGUGACAAUGUU